AUGGGCACUUGCCGAGGAUUGCUAUGUGUAGGUUCUUACUCAGUUCUUGAUCCUGUUUUUGUUUGCAAUCCCAUAACGAGGGAGUACAGAAGAUUGCCAACAUUAGGAGAAACAGUUAUGGGUGGUCAUCAAGUUGGACUCGGUUUCGAUCCUUCAACAGGACAGUACAAAGCUCUACGGACAUCUGUUAAUGUUGAAGGAAGAAGGUGCUUCGAAGUGACUACACUGGGAGCGAGUUCGUGGAGGAGAUUGGACGUACCCGAUGGUUGGCAGGCUUAUUUUAUAUAUGAACCUGUAUACUGGAGCGGGGCCAUUCACUGGAAAGCCUCUGGAAAAGAACGUGAUGUCAUCAUAUCAUUUGAUGUGUGCCAUGAGAAGUUUCGGAUGAUUUCAUUUACCCAAGAUGUUGGCCAAUUCGACCUUGGAGUACGCCACGAUAAUAAUGGUCAAUCGCUCCUACCCCCCCAAGGUUUUGUCCCUGAUGGAAAUGCCGGGCUCACGACAAGGAUCGAACCCAAUGAACUUGGGCUGCUAGGAUUCAGAGGAUGCUUGACCAUAGUAGAACAUGAUAACGAGUGGAUGAGAGAAUGGGAAGUCACGGGGGACAAGUUCGAAGACCUUUCCAUCCGCUUUUGGGAUUUUCAUGAUACUCACGUGGUAUGA